GUGUCAAGGAUUGCACAAACGUAAUGCUUUUAGGAGCACAGACACAAGACAGGCCACAGGCCUGAGCAGAACAAGAAUAGUGAAAAUCCGCAUAGAUCGUACACCUUGAACGACUAACACCAUGUCGUCUACUACGAGCUUGCAGAGAAUAAAGCAUCUGCUUCUCUCUGGAGCGGUCUUCGGUCUCACUGCAGUUUUCAGUGGGGAACUCGCUUUCUCUACCAAGAUUGAAUCUGUGGCAGCAAGUACUCUGGAUCAACAACAACAACCAACGCAAACAAUCGCUGUCGUUGCUGGUGCAACCGGACGCACUGGCGCUCUUACUUAUAAAUCCCUUGUUGAAAGUACUCAGGGGAAAACCAGUGUCCGCGCCAUAGUACGCAACGCCGACAAAGCCAGAAAGGUGCUUGGCUGUACUACCUGUGACGAACGUGAUGGAAUUUUCGUUGUGGAUAUUGCGUCUGCGGAGGAGGCUAAUCUCAGAGCCUUGGAUCGAGCCAUGGUAGAUGCGACUUCACUAAUCAUAGCAACGUCUGCAUCUCCGCAGUGUCCUCAUGUGGGAAGUGGUCAAGAUCGCGAGGAUCAAGCACAAUCGUCGGGGAGCGUUGUUCUAGGCUACUAAGAACACUUACUUAUAUUUAUUAUCCAUAAUGAGAUCUCAUGAGAUGAAGACAGGGGAAAAAAUGCAAAGGAGGAGCAAGAUCAACAAGGAAUGUUACGACCUCUAACCUCGUCCACAUAGUCCAGCAUCGCACAAUCCAUCCCACAGCCCCUUCCGUCCAGAGGAUUGUACUUAUCCACCUGGCCAGUUCCCCAAGGAUGUGGAUUGGGAUGGAGGUCGUCGUUUAGUGAACGCCUUUGCAAAAGCUGGAGGACGCGGGGUCGUCCUCAUUUCCGCGAGAGGGACUACGGAACCUAGGUCUUUUUUAGACCGGAUGGGCCCUGAUGGAUACAUCAGUUUCUACAAACUGAACUUGGAUUAUGAGAUGGAAAGGUUAAGAACUUUAGGCUCAAACUAUGAAGAUAAUGCUAUUCAACAAAGAAGGUUUGCCGUUGCGCUUUUAUUUGAGCACGUGUCUCUCUCUCUCUCUCUCAAAAGCCACUUUGAUGACAAGUACCGCACUAGUCAAGAGUUAUCAUCAUCUACAUCUUCUUCUAAUCCGAAGCGUUCGUUGCAGCAGCCGGCCUAGAUUCUUUCGUCAUCCUGAAGUCAUGUGGGUUGGUGGAUGGACCUGUAUCUCAGAAUGAAAGAGACCAAAAAAAUACCACUGCUUCCACUUCUUUCGUCGUGGGCCACGAUGAUGAAGAAGCAGAAAAUCCUUAUCGCGUGAUGCUCAGAAGCGACUUGGCAGCACUGACCGCCUACAGCAGUAGCAAGAGGUCUCUUUUGGAUUUGCGAUUUGACAUAUGCGCUUCUGAGCGUGCGGAAAUUCGACCAUCAAAAAAGCAGUUGGCAGACGUCUUGCGUCAAGCAAGGAGACCCUGGAACAACAAUACAGGAAAGUCUUCACAAUAUGAUGUCAAUGGGGAGAUCUUUACAUAAAAAUCGUAUUCGCAUAUAAAAGACUCGUAUUGAUGCGUUCGGGUACAGUCCUACUUUGGAAUACAGAAACUGCAUGUCUUCUCUUGCAUACAAACUAAGCACGAAAUCAUAUUAAUGAAAUGCAAGAAACAAGAAACAGAGACUACAACAAGUUCAUCGCCUGAAACUUUCACGUUGAGAAAUUACUUUGUGUUUUCCACAAUUUGGUGUGCGUGUGCCCUACAACGAUGAACUUUUUCGAUGCACCAUGUGUAAGCAUGCUCACCGAGGACAGUCUAUCCUCAAC